GGCGGGCAGGGGCGCCCCGGGCUGUCGGCCUGCUCCAUGCAGCUGCGGGCCCCGCCGCGCCUGGCCCCGGCUUGAGCCUCUGGCUCGGCAUGGCCCGCGCGGCGCCCCCGCUGCUGCUGCUGCUGCUGCUGCUGCUGGGCUCGGCCUGCGGCGGGCGGCCCGACGGCAUCCGGCUGCCCCUGCGCGGCGGGCGGGCGGGCGCGCCGCUGGAGGACCGCGCGCGGCGGGCGGCCGGCCAGCAAGGCGAGGCCCGGCGGAGGGGCAGCUUCGUGGACAUGGUCGACAACCUGCGCGGCAAGUCCGGCCAGGGCUACUACGUGGAGAUGACGGUGGGCAGCCCGCCGCAGAAGCUGAACAUUCUGGUGGACACGGGCAGUAGCAACUUUGCCGUGGGAGCAGCGCCUCACCCCUUCCUGAGGCGGUACUAUCGGCACCAGCUCUCCAGCACCUACCGGGACCUGCGGAGGGGGGUCUACGUGCCAUACACACAAGGGAAGUGGGAAGGAGAGCUGGGCACUGACCUUGUCACGAUCCCCCACGGCCCAAACGUGACUGUCCGUGCCAACGUUGCCGCCAUCACGGAGUCCGACAAGUUUUUCAUCAAUGGCUCCAACUGGGAAGGCAUCCUGGGCUUAGCCUAUGCAGAGAUUGCCCGGCCAGAUGACACCUUGGAGCCCUUUUUUGACUCGCUCGUGAAGCAGACGCGGGUGCCCAAUGUCUUCUCCCUACAGCUGUGCGGGGCUGGUUUCCCAUCCAACAAUUCCGAGGCUCUGGCGGCUGUGGGGGGCAGCAUGAUCAUUGGAGGCCUUGAUCCCUCUCUCUAUACUGGCAGCAUUUGGUACACACCCGUGCGGAAGGAGUGGUACUAUGAGGUGGUCAUUGUAAAGAUGGAAAUCAAUGGGCAGGAUCUCCGGCUAGACUGCAAGGAGUACAAUUACGACAAGAGCAUCGUGGACAGCGGGACCACCAACCUCCGCCUCCCCAAGAAGGUCUUUGAGGCAGCGGUGAAAUCCAUCAAGACUGCCUCAGCGACAGAGAAGUUCCCUGACGGCUUCUGGCUGGGGGAGCAGCUGGUCUGCUGGCAGAUGGGCAGUACCCCGUGGCACAUCUUCCCUGCCGUUUCCCUCUACCUGAAGGGUGAGGCCACCAACCAGUCCUUCCGGAUCAGCAUCCUGCCCCAGCAAUACUUGCGACCGGUUGAGGAUGUCGCCACCUCCCAGGACGAAUGCUACAAGUUUGCCAUCUCGCAGUCUUCCACGGGCACCGUCAUGGGGGCAGUCGUUAUGGAGGGCUUCUACGUCGUCUUUGACCGUGCCCAGAAGCGUGUGGGCUUUGCUGUCAGCGCCUGCCACGUGCAUGAUGAGUUCCGGACGGCCACCGUGGAGGGGCCCUUCCUGCAGCCGGACAUGGAGGACUGCGGCUACAACAUUCCCCAGACGGACGAGUCCGCGCUCAUGACCAUCGCUUACGCCAUGGCUGCCAUCUGUGCCCUCUUCAUGCUUCCCCUCUGCCUCAUGGUGUCCCAGUGGCGCUGCCUGCGCUGUUUACGCCGGGGCCACGACGACUUUGCAGACGACAUCUCCUUGCUCAAAUGAGCUCUGCCCCCUCCUCACGCCUGGCGGGGGCAGCAGGGGGUGCAGAUGUGGCCAGCGUGGAGAGCUGCGGGCUCCACCUGGGCCGGAGGGGCCUUUGUCUCCACGGAGUGGGCUGCAGCACAACCCCCAGGCCAAGCGGGGCCUGGCAGGUGGUCCAGCCAUCUCCCCCACCCCCGCCCCUGAUCCUGCAAGAGAUGCAUCCUUUUCCUCUGCUAGGGAGGGGGGUGGUAAUUGACAAAGACGCUGCCCCCCACUUUUGGCUUCACCUGGCAGGAUUGCUGGGAAAACCCCCACCACAGGGGGAGGGCACUGCUGGCGGGCCUCUAGAGGGAGGAGCCCCUUGUUUAUUGGAGGCAGGGAACACCUGGAUGUCUAGGAGGUCACCCUGCCAGCAGAUAAAGAGGUUUGUGGUGCCGGGGCAAGGUGGGAAGGGCCGUGGGGGGUCUUGCUAGGCGAGGCUUCAGGUCCAUCCUGACCGGUUUCCGCAGGCGCUGUGUGGGGAUUGGCACACCCCUUCCCACAGGCUGGGAAGCAUCCCUCCAGGAGCAGGACCCCGGGCUGCUGGACGACUGGAUACUGCCCCUGCAGGCUUUUCAGGCAAGGCUGGCCACCUUGGUUGCCAUCUGGGGCCAGGGCUCGCCGGCACAGUGGCUCCUGGCAAGUCUGUCUCCGCCUGCAGGGCUCUUCGGCUCUCAAGAGAUCAGAGCCAUUUCUUGGCACCUGGGCAGCAGCCCGUCUAAAGAAAAGCAGAGACCACCAGCCCACCCCUCUGCCCUGGGUCUUUCGGGGCUGCAUUUUCAGGUGCUCCACAGGACUUCUCCGUGUUUUUUUUAAGUUUUUCUGGCGCCAGAGAACUCUGAAAGUUUGGUGUGCGGCUCAGUCUCCGCUGGCUUACUAGGGGAGGGUUCCUGACACAUUCCACAAGGAAGCAGUAGCCCGUUCCCAGCCCACAGAUGACGAGGGGGAAGCCCACCCACUGCUUUUGCCAGGCUUAGGGGGCUGCGAGCAGCCUCGGACCUGGGCCAGGAGCUCGGGCGGUUGAGCCAUGACUAGCCCUAGAAAGCUCUCUGCCUCUUCACUCUUCUGCAGUCAUUGCCAUGGGGCUGCCCAGCGUCACCAGCCAGCCCUCUGGCCUACUUACUGUGACAGCAGGUAUGUAGCUCAGCCUUUGCCCGAUUGUAAGGAAACAGGCCAGCUGCUGAAGUUAACUAGGCAAUAGCUGCAGCUGACUCCAGGGCAGGAGGGAAUGGGCUGGGCACGGCCCACUGGAGGCUGGACUCCAUGCUGGGUGGAGGCUCAGCGGCAUCUGUAGGGCUAGUAAAACUUGGCAAAGCCCUGCAGGGGGAGCCAGUUAAAGCACCCAAGGCGAGGCAGCAGGAGCAGCCCGAAGCAGGGGCACUUGCUGCUCUGCAGGAGGCACGUGUGGCCCAGCCCCAAAUACACACCUCUGGUUCUCCGUGACUGGUUCUCGGGUCACGUUCGUCCUGUUGGGCCUCUUCCAGCGGGGUGGGGGAUCUGUAGCAGGAGGCUUUCUGUACAGUAUGCUGUAAAUAUUUGUAAUACUAGCCUAUAACUGCCCCAGUUUGUUUCAGUUGAAAGUGGAGGGAAAGGAACCAGACAGUCUUUCCUAGUUAUUUUUUAAGAUGCCAGGUUGCUUUUCAAUACUAUGUGCUUAAGCGUGGGAUGGUGGCCUUUGGCCGAUAUACCCAACCCAGGGGGGUAUUUGAGAGAGGGCCCAGGCAGCAGAUGCGCUUUAUGGGGUUGUGAUGCCAGAAGUGAUUCUCUCCCAUCCUGAUCCUGCUGCACUUGACAGGUCGCUUCUUAGGAGAAAAGCUGCAGCUGCCUUUAGCACACCUUGUACGGUUCGGAAAGCUUGUUCAGGCUGCACUGCACUUUGCUGAAUGCCCCCCUCCCCCCCGGUCUUGUGUUUCCCAAGCUGGUUCCCUCUAGCCACAACCUUGCAACGCAGCAGGAGUCCUUUGCUGCUCGGCAGAGCCACGGGCUGCCCCCUGGCCCAGUCCCAACAUUCCAGGCUGCCUCGUGGCUCACCCACAGAAAAAGGAACCACGCGGUCUAAAAGCAGGGCUGCUUGGGCCUGCUAAAACAGGUAAUUAAUCUGCAGCAAAUGUUGCCCCGUGUCUCCCAACAGCAGGGACCCAGCCCCAGGAGUGUGGGCCCCUCCCCAAAAUUUGGAAGGCUUGAGCUCCCAAGGCAAAAAAAUUGAGAAUGCAGGCUUUGACGAGAAAGUGUAAGGAACAGAGUUGAAGAGGAGGAGGGCAAAUCCAGCCUUGGACUGAGCUGCCUGCUGCUGCUGCUAUGGACCAGGUACUGCAACUGGCAGGAGACCCUCCCAGGGCCAGAGCAGGCCAUGCCUUAAUCAGCUGACCCAGGGAAUCCUGUUGAAUCACCAGCACUGGCCCUCAGCAACAGCUGGGGGGGGGGGGAGCUUGCCAAGAUGGCCCACGGCCUGGCAAGUGAUCCUCUGAAGGGCAGGUGAAGCUGGCCAGCAUCGGGGACAAGGGGCAGUGGAGAGAAGAGAGAGUUCAGCUGCCUGUAACUGGCCUCUUUUCCCUUCAUGUCUGUGUGAGUCAUGAACCUUUAACUCAGUAAAUUAUUGUAUUACCAGAGAAAAGUCUCUCUCUACCUUCUUUCUGGUGGGACAAGGACACGGCAUUGGCAGAUGUGCAAGGAAGGAAGGGUGGGGGAUGCACAA